AAUACGCAAAGGAAAGUGUUCUCCUUUAACUGCAGAGCUCUCCCCAUCCCCUCACACACCUUUACCAGCCUGUGGUUCCUUCCUACACAGAGCAAGAGGCGGAGGAGAGAACGGAGAUCGUAGAUUCGCAUCCUAGUUGAAGUCAAUGAGAACUUCUCUUCGGAGGAAACGGCCGUUUUUGAAGGAGCCUCGGGACGUUUGGAGAUGCUUUUGAUGGUCUCAGCCGGUGAUAUCGCUCCGUUCAUGGUCAGAACAAAAAUGAGAGACCAUUUCAAUGACCCAAUGUGCUCGUUUUGAGGAGCAGAGGAGACGUUUCUGUAGGAUUCUCAGUCCGGAGACGUGAUGUCUGCCAGCGCGCGUGUCCUGCUCUUAGUAUUGCUGAGUGUGCUUCAGGCAAAUGGCCAGACAGAGAUGAAGAAGGUGGUCGGAGACAAUGCCACGCUGCCGUGCCACCAUCAGCUGUGGCAAGCCGACAUCUCCCUGCUGGACAUCGAAUGGAUGCUGCAUAAAUCCAGCUCACGGCAGAAAGUGGUCAUCACAUACUUUGCGGGUCGGAUCUACGACCCCAACGAGAGUGAAGCUGGGCGGCUUUCCCUGGCGGGAGACUAUCUGAAAGGCGACGCUUCACUCUUGAUCAGCGACCUCUCGCUCGCCGACUCCGGAGAAUACAUCUGCAAGGUCAAGAACGGCGGGAAGUACUACUGGAACACAGUCAAACUCAUCGUGCUCCUGAAGCCGUCCAAACCACGCUGUUGGAUGGAGGGUCGUCUGCUGGAAGGAAGUGAUGUCAGACUGAGCUGCAAGUCCACAGAUGGUUCUGACCCGAUCAGCUACAAAUGGGAAAGAGUCUUAGACAAAGGAAAAUACGCUGGCAAGCUGCCACCUCAGGCCCUCAUAGAUCUGAAGAACCCUGAGAUUGUGACAUUGAAAAACCUGACGAGGGAAAGCGCGGGGGGUUAUAAAUGCACCGCCAGCAAUGAUGUCGGAGAAGAAAACUGCACUUUAGAGGUCAAAGUUCACUAUGUCCGGGGAAUGGGUGUGGUGGCUGGCGCUGUGGUGGGUGUGUCCUUCGGUGUUCUCCUCAUCAUCCUCAUCAUCUGGCUUGUUUUCCGUAAGAAAGAGAAGAAGAAAUAUGAGGAGGAGGAAGCACCCAAUGAAAUAAGGUAA